AUGACCUGGUUAUUUCCCCACCAGUCCGACACUUCGCCAAGUCGUUCCCGCCUCUCCUUCCUCAUUCUUGGCCUGACCGUGCUGUUCUUGUUGAUCUCCUACCAGCUCGUGCUCAAUCGUGAACUGCUUGGUUCGGUCGCAGAAUGGGCUACCGAGAAGGGAUUUCAAACGGUGGGCUUGGACACGCCCGGAAAUGUGACGGAAGAUGAAGCGGCGUCAUUAGCUGCCGGCGCUAGCGAUAGCAUCAAUAUCACCGUUCCUACGUCUAGCGGCAAUCCGAUCAGCAGUAUCACUGUCGCGCCAACAGAAACCCCGUCUGCGUCACCCUUACCGCCACGCGAAAAGGAGCUGGUGCUCGCGGCAAUGCUCAGCAGCGAUAUGUCCUGGGUAGAUGAGAAUAUCCCUGAGUGGUACACGAACAUCUACCGCGCGGACGCAUCACCCGAACAGGCAGAGUUGACCGUACCAGCGAAUCGAGGAAACGAAGCGAUGGUUUUUCUCACGUAUAUUAUCGACCGUUACGACUCUCUUCCUGAUGUUGCCCUCUUCCUUCACGGCGGUCGCUAUCAAUGGCACAACGACAAUCCCCUGUACGACUCCGUCAUCUCGAUUCGCGACCUUCAACCCGCCUUCGUUCGCGAGGCAGGCUAUGUCAACCUGCGCUGUACCUGGACCAUUGGCUGUCCCGCUGAGCUCGAGCCCGCACGAUACAUGCGCGAGCGCCCUGAUGAUCCCGAUCACAUUUCGGCCGUCAUGUUCCCGGAUAGUUUCGCGACGCUGUUCCCGGAUAUCGAGAUGCCGGAAGUUGUCGGAGUCCCCUGCUGCAGUCAAUUUGCACUCUCGCGGGAGAAGAUCCACGAGCGACCAGUGGAGGACUACAUUGGCGUCCGUCAGUGGUUAUUGGACUCGCCACUGGAUGCGUCGAUCACCGGGCGCGUUUUUGAGUAUUCUUGGCACAUCAUGUUUGGGAAACCGUCGCAAUUCUGUCUCGAUCCACACGAGUGCUUCUGCAAUACCUAUGGUUACUGCAAUAUGACCGACGAGGAUUUGGAAGCCCAGUGGAAAUGGCGCGGCUUAGUUCUGCCAGAAGGCUGGCCCAAUGUGACGGAGGAAUCGAACGAGUCGUCGCAGAAACGCAGUCUGGCCCCGAUGAAAGGAAUGCCGGAU